CCCUCACUCGGAAGAAGACCCAAAACAAAGUAGAAAACAAUACAAUCUUUCUUCAUUCUUAGCAAAUCCUGAAGACAUACAUCGAUGACACAGCUUUAAAAAGGGUUAGGAAGGAAUUCAACAACUUUUGAUCAAGAAAUACUGUUUUAUAGUUGAGGAAAUAUGAGGAAAUAACAGGGAAAGGUGACGCCAGAGGCCAAUUAAAGAUGGAAUCAGAAAAGCUGUUUCGUAGAGAGCCUCCUAACAUACAGAAGGAAGAAGGAGGUGGGGACAUCCGCAAAAUUUUUGAUGAUUACACAAAGGUGAAGGAUCUGCCAUUGAAAGGAGAGGAUGGCAAAAUUAGAACACUACUUGGAAUGCGAAAGCAACGACCAAUGGGCCGCCUGUUCACAGUGAGUGUGGAGUCAAUAAUGGAAGCUGAAGAAUUUUUUCGAGGGGAAACUCAAGAAAACAAAGAAGAGACUAUAUUAGAAGAAACAGAAGACAUGGCAGAUGCACCUGAGAAUUACACGGAUGCCGAAGAAAAAUUUAGUGAAACUGAGGAGGACACCUUAGUCACGGAAACUGAGGAGGACGACUUAGUCGCGGAAACUGAGGAGAAUCACAUCGUGGAAGAACCAGAAAAGACCAAGCCAAAGGGCUUUGUGGAAACGUUCAACGAUUACUUAGAAAGCAUGUUUUCUACACAUGAAGAACAGGAUGAGGAGAUUGAGGAGGAACUGUCAGCCAUGUUCAGUCUCCUGUGGAAGAUCUUGUCCGGGACAAUGGGCUUGAUUGCCAUUUUCGUCAUCGCUACCAAGUAUCCAGUUUAUCUGCAUACCCUUCAUGAAAAUCAGCUGUGGUUUUCUAACAUCAAGGAAGUGGAGAGAGAGAUAUCAUUUCGCACAGAGCAAGGGCUCUAUUACUCAUACUACAAGCAGAUAUUAGAUGCCCCAACAAUAGCUGUGGGAUAUGAUCAACUGAAGGUAGACAACAAAACAGAAAAUGGUCGCACAAUCAACAUUUUCCACAGGUUUAAUAUUUUGCCUGAGGUUGUUCUAAGUGCUGUUCAUAGAUGGCUCACUCUUCAAGUUUCACCUAUCAUCUUCUACGUAUGGACUGUGUUUGGCCUCCAUGGUGUGUUUUUAGCAGGCUUGUACAUUACAUCAUGGUAUCUCAGUGGUUCCAUACUUGGAGGAGCUUUGACUGCUAUUUUUUAUGUUGCUCAUAGGGUAGACACAACAAGAGUCAACUAUACCAUCCCACUUCGAGAGAGCUUUGCGGUCCCUCUUCUGUUCCUACAGAUACUGAUAAUAUGCACAUUCUUAAGAUCGAGUAAAUGGCAGAUUGUAAAAUUAGCUACUAUUCUGCUGCUUACACUGAGCUUCUUACUGAGCUGGCAAUUUGGACCCUUUGUUCUCCUCUGUCAGCUGAUUUGUAUGGUGGCUCUGUGUCGUCUGCAUCUGUUGCCACAAGAAAAGGUUCAGAGGUUAAUCUUAGCAAUUGGCACAUCGCUCCUGGUUUCAAGCUUUGUGCAAGGCCACCCACCUAUGAUAAUCUCAUCACCAGUGCUAUCAAUGAUCAUCCCAGCUUUUACCGUGUCCUUGUCCCCCCUCUAUGGCAAGAACAGGGGACUUGUGUCAAAAGUUGCAAUUGCUGUAGCUGAGGUGUUUGUUAUGCUCAUGGUGACUUUGCUGAUAAAUGUUUUUGUGAAGGACUUUCUUCAUAUAGAUGCAGACUCACAUGUUUACCAGUUGCUCUUGGCAAAACUACAGAUGGGUGACCCUCGCAAUUUUGACUCGCGCCUUUACAUGUGCAAUGAGGCAUUUCACUACCUGGAUGUAGAAACCCUAGGAAGGCUUACUGAAAGUGGUCUCCUUCCAUUGUAUUGCUUUUGUGUCCUCAUAUAUGGAUUUUCAAUGUUAAGCUUUAUUGCAAAGCCAAAGAAUGUGACAGAAAACCAAAGCUCUCCACAUAGCAGCAGUUCUUGCAGUGAUAAGGAAAAAACACAAAAUGAAGAUCAGAAACAGUUCAGAAGUCAAGAAGAUAAUUGUAUGAUGAGGAAGCAAGAGAAUAUAGAGACCUUAAACUUGGAAAAGAGUCAGGAAUUCCAAAACUUAUUGCACACACAAAAGAAUGGAAUUAGUGGAAACUUGAGCAAUGCAUUAAAUGGUGAUGUAAGGAGAGAGUCCAGCCUGAGCCACUGUAGUGAAGAGGAGAGCGAAGGCAUAAUUUCAGAUCGCCCAGAUAUAGCCUUCUUCUUGGGUCUCUCAAUUGUGAUGGGUAUCCUUGCUCUGCUGAUCCUACGGCUGAAAGUGCUCUGGCUGCCGAUGGUGUGUGUUUUGAGUGGAGUUAUUGCAAGUGACAUGCAACUUUAUAAUGCAGUCUUCAGAUCAAGUGGCAAGUUAUCAUCAUCUCUUCCCUCCUGGUUACCUGAAUAUAGCAAGAUGGGCGUCUGCUUUGGCCUCAUAGCCUUCCUGGUACAAAAGUACUGGAGUCAGGUAUCUGCAGAGCUUUGGCCAGAAGAAAUGUAUGAGUUCUGGGAUCCAGACACAGUGGAACUCAUGGAAUGGAUCCAGAGUUAUACUCCCCCCACAGCUGUGUUUGCCGGUUCAAUGCAGUUGUUGGCAGGUGUCAAGCUUUGCACCAACAGGCACAUCACAAACCACCCGCACUAUGAGGAUGGAUGGCUUAGGAACCGCACACAUCAGGUAUAUCAGAUUUAUGGUCGUUCAUCCCCAGAAGUGGUCCACAGUGUUUUAAAAGCAGUAGGUGCCACACACAUAAUCUUAGAGGAUAGUAUUUGUAUGGCACCUCCUAAUACCAAGCAUCCACUGUGUAGACUCACAGACAUUGUAGAUCUUCAUUAUGGACAUGUUCCUGAAGAUGGUCAAAUCAACAUACCAGGCCUAAAGGUGCCACAGUAUGGAAGAUUCUGUGAUAUCAUAAGAUACAACACACCACAUUAUAGUCGUCUGUUCUCACUUGUCAUGAAUAAUAAGACGUUUAGGGUUUACAGAGUUGCAAGUACUUAGCAUUGCUGAUAAAUCAACCUCGUGUAUUGUAAGUAUGAAAGACCUCAAAUAUGUACAAAGGAUGAUACUCUGUAAAUCUUUUAGAUGUGUCUUAGAGUCAUAUGUGUGGCAAAAAACCUAGUCAAGAAUAAGUUCCAAAGAGCUGAGAAAAGGGUUAUGAAAGUUGAUCUGUCUUUGAACUGGUUAGUACCCUUUAUAAAGCAUUAUUGAUUCCAGAAUCUAGACUUGGACUAUUAGAAUACUUUCUUAGAAGUAUUCCCUUUUUUCAUUGUUGUUUUCAUGUUCAUUGUUACUAUUUUACUAUUUUGAAGAGGAAAGAAAUUGCUCUGAUAUACAAACUUAGAUGUUUACUUAAGUCUUCAGUCUUAAUUUGUCAAUGAAUUGGUGUUGGAAGGGUUGAAGUAAUCUCAUUAUUAUUUACUUUUUUGGGGGGAGGGGACGGGUUGUCAAGUGGUAAAAUGCUGAUGCUUGAAAUGGGUUAAGGAAAAAAAGCCUUUACAAAUUUACAAGCAGAAUCAAAAUUAUCCUAGAUUAUACCACUUUGGAGAUUACAGUUCUUGUCACAAUCAAUGUUGUUAUUAUUGUAUAGUUACAGUUCAGUAUAGUUGGAUACUCCCUUUUUCUAUCUUAUGUAAUUAUUUCAUUUACAUUUUUAUAUUCUUAUAGACAACUCUUAGAAAUUGUACUAUAUCAUUAGACAGUAUCCUAGAGGGAUCAUUAAGCAGCUAAAUCAAAAUUGAUGAUCAUGGUCAAAGUUAUCACAUAUCAGCAAAGAAAAAGGUUGUUAUAUUUUUUUAAUGAAAUGUGAGUGCUAGCUGAAAAUUGAAUGUCAGCCAACCUUUAUUUUUUUGAUAGUUUUAUUUCUGAUUGUAUGUAAUGUUCACAGAAAUUUGUUUACUUUUUUCAUUUUUAAUUUUUUUAAGCUUUGUGGUAUAAAAGAAGCACACACUUCUUACUGUGUGAUUGUGACAUGCACCAUGGUUUGUUGCUCAAACGUUAUUCAUACAUUGUGCAUGGUAUGACAGAAACUUUUCAGAAACAUUUGUUAAAGAUAUAGUAAAUGAAUGGAUGGGAUGAAGAGAGAACUUGAACUCAAGAAAGUCUUCCCAUCACAUAUUUGAGUUUAAAGGGGCCAUACCUGGUGGUUGGGGGUAAUAUAGAUAAAUAUUACUGAAAAAAUGAACUUGCAGAUUUUAAAAAAUAGAAAAAAUAGAAAAACAGCAAACAAAAAUUAUGAUAUUUGAAGUUCAUUUUUUGUAUUUUUUAUUUAUGAAUCUACCAUUUCAUUACCAUAGAAACUACUAUCAUUUCUCUUUCAAACGCACUUUGUUGUGUAUAGAUAUGAUCAUUAGUCUCUGAGUUAUAGGAACAAACUAAUAAAUGAUUCCUGUGAAAAGGGGUAAAUCCAGGCCGAAAACAACAUGACCGUUCUAUGAAAUUGGUUGUUUUUGGUUUUAUAACUCUUUUGUUAAUGUUUUCUCGAGUGUACAUUCGUUUACAUGUGUACUCGCACAUAAAUUAAUGUAAAGGUAUAGGUACUUGCGUUUGUAUUUGCAUAUAUGCGCAUGGACCCAUUAGAUCCUUAAUGAUUUAUUUUAUUUAUAUAUUUUGUUUUUGUUCCUAUCUACUCUUCUUCCACAUUACCUAGCCACGUGAUUCCACCUCAAACCAAUCGAUAAAUGUGUAGUCAUAAGCAGAGUGCUUGUUAUGGAGGGACAAUGAAUUGUUUCCUGUUUGUUAGAAAUAACAUUUGUGGUGGACACUUUGUCUUAUGAUGUAACAAUAGGUAUCAGAUAUUUGUAGGCCUAUCUUAUGGGUUUACCAAAUAAAUUAUAUCGUACACUGUCUUUACAAUUACUUUUUUUGUAAAAUGGAUUUUUAAUGACAUAAUGAUGGUUGAUCCAUUAUUUAGUUUCAAAAGAAAACGCAAACAUAAAAUUAUUGUAAUCAGAAAAUUCUAAAGCGGUGGCAACACUUAGAACUCUUUCAGCUGGGCUUCUCCAAGACAGCCAUUGAUGCAGGUGAGCGUCCAGCCUGUAAAAAUAUCUAUCCAUUGCGAGUUUAUUUUUAGAGAUACAGACAUGUAAUUGCCCAUGCAUUAUUAUCGAACCCUAAACAUACUUGUAUGAUGAAUAUGUCAAAAUCAAAUCAUAUCUACUUCAUUUUAUGGGAAAGAAAUUUGAAAAGUCACAAUGUUUUUUUAUUUUUUCUUUGUCUUUUCAUAUGAAUCUUUCACUCUGGGAAGAAACUGCUAUAAUAAGACACUUUUAUUCUCCUGUGAUCCAUUUCAAUAAGCAGUGUCAUAAUACAAGGCAUCAUGUUCACUCCUGUAAAGUGAGAGUGCAGAAUGGUGAAAAUCACUGACACAGCAGCAAGGAGACUCGGGGGUUGCCUAAAUUUUUUGUUGCAGGAGUUUAUAUUCAUGUGGGUAAUUCUACACUCAUGUACGAAGAUGAAACUGACUAUAACUCAUUUUCGACCACUCUGACCUAAAAUCCCACCAGACCACCAGGGACGGUCCCCUUAAAUGUGAUUCUGAACCGAUAAGAAAAUCUUGGUUAUUCAUUUAGAUGUCCUAGAAGAAAGGAAUUAUUUAUUUAUUUUACAGUAUAGCCUCUCACUUGGUGUAUUCACUUUUGAGAAUCUGAACUAGUUGCUACCCUAGCACCUAGUAUGGCAAUCAGUGUCCAUAUUAUCUCCACAAAUUAAUCUGAUCCAUUCUACCCCUCUAUUGCAUGCUAACUUGCAUGUACUAGGCCCAUCCUACCUGUAUUGGUUUUAGGAUGGGACUGGUCAUGCAGGUAGAUAUUUACCCUAAAUUUUGGGGAGGUGAGGUAUUGACUGACAUUGGUUAUACAAACGUAGUUAAAGGUUGUUAAGUUAAAGGAAAAGGAAAGAGAAGGCCCAGCAUAGCUUGGGUGAGAGGUAAAUUAAUUCAACAGUAACCUCCCUCUCACUAUUCUUAAACAAGCAUUGAAAAUUUCCUCUCCUUCCGUUCAUCAAAUUAGUUUUUAAGUGCCAGUCAAGCAAUAUUGCAUGGAGACAAGUGCCUCCACUCCCAGUCUGAUAUAUUGUUCUUUGUUAAGUUACUUGCUUCUAGUGAGCUCUUUUCAAUGCCAGGUACUUGCUAAAUGCGAGGCUUUACUGUACUUGAAUAAUAUCAAUGACCUAUGUUGAUGAAAAAAUAUGUGGUGUUCUUAAUUGUUAUAUAAAAUAUGUGCAUCUAAACAGUAUAAGCUUGUCCCUUGUAAUUAACCAAGGGAAUAUUUCACUUCCUACACAUUCAACUUCUUAUCAAAAGUUAUUAUUAUUACUCUUUCUUAUCUCUCUCGUUUUUUUCGUUCUUGUUCUUGGAAAUGUUAUGUAUUUUCAAAUCUGUCAUCUUUUUGAGUAUAUAGACUAUAUUUCAGUUAACAAUUUAUCCUGAAAUAAAAAAGAAGCAUUAGAUUUGUUUUGCAUUAAAUUACAGUCAUUUCACAUAUAUUUUCAGCCUGUGACAAUAUUUUUCCUCAAAAUAUUUCAGAUAUUAAGUGACAAUAUAAAGUAAAUAAUGCAGUGCUUGGAAAGAUACCAGAGGCAAUCUUUUCCUUUCUCUACUAUUAUCAGUCACACCAAGUAGGGAUUUCUGCUGGCUGGUGUUGCAGUUGAAGUUGCUGAUCCAUUUUAUUAUUAUUAUCAUUAUUGUUAUAUUAUUAUUAUUAUUAUUAUUAUUAUUAAUAUUCCAAUAUUUGGAAACAGAAUGUGAGACUUUGUAUGAUAUAUCCUUGUUGAUUAUUCUCAAUAUUAUAGUAUCAUUAAUUUUCUUUGUCAAGUUAUGUCUUACUGUUAUU